AUGGCAUUGAUGGCGAUGACGAUUACAGAAGUGGCUGCGAACUUGCUCAAUGCAUUGCGAGCAAACAACCAACCGAUCCGGUUUACAAACGACCAGGAGCAUCAGCGACAACCUCAGCCACCACCGCCAAUCGACGGUGAUGAUGACGGACGGGCGGACGGACGGCGAGGAUGUAGUACAUGCAGCAGGAGCAGCAGCUGCUACUGCUGCUGUCCCAGCGUUCCACCCAACCACUGA